AGUGUCCGUCUCACUCGUCUGUUUCUCUCCCUUUCUCCAUCUCACUCGCCUGUUUCUCUCCCUUUGUUUUCUACUUCAUGUGUAACUUUACUCUAAUUCUCUCUCAUCUGUCUUGCACUGUUGAGUCGCAGUGUUUACUUCAGGAACGCACAGACUUGAUUGGACUGUGCGUUUCCAUUACCUUUACCGUAAAGACUGCAAAAGCUGCGCCGGAUAAAAUAGAAGCGCUUCGUCAAGUUUUAAAUCAUAACCUUUAGUUUUGGCUGUAGACCAAUCCCCAGGGACAUUCGUUUGCAUUUACAGCAUUUGGAAGGAUGCCAGCAGUCUAAGAAACAACAGGAAGCUGCCGGAAAAGUACUAUUGAACGUUAGUUUUAAUAGUACCAGCAACAGAAAUCUUCGGAAAUGAUAAAUUGAAACAUGUAUAUUACAGCUAUUCUGCUGGGUUUCAGCCUUCCUCUAAGGAUUCACAGAUAGAACGCAUAAGAGGAAUAGUGGGAGUAUUGAGAAGAACCCAGUGAUCACGGUUGAUUUUCUGAAAGAUAAACUUGACAAUGAUAAAACAUUGUACUGGAUGUAGAGUUUCCUUGCAUGUACUAUAUGCUACAACAUUUUAUCUAAAUUAUGUGGUGGGCAUACAGGUGACCUCCACAGGGCCACAGACAAUCAAGAAACCUCAGGGAGCAGAUAUUAUUUUGGGCUGUACCUACAAUGAGAGCCCAUCUGACACUGGGCAGCUGGAUGUUGAGUGGUCCAUUGUUAGUCCAGACAUGACUCAGAAAGACAGAUUGAUCUUAUCUUACUCUGGAGGGAGAGAGUACAAACUUGGUGACACAGGUCUAAUGUCUCGACUAAAGUUUGUGGGUGACCCCAGCAAAGGUAAUGCUACCAUCAGCAUAUCUUCAUUAAUCAUCGCUGAUACAGCCACCUACCAGUGUAAAGUGAAGAAGCCACCUGGUAUAGACUCACGGAAGAUCACAUUAGUGAUACUUGAACACCCCUCUGUGCCCAUUUGUUGGGUAAAAAAUGGUGAGGAGGUAGGAGGUACUGUCUCACUGUUGUGUAAAUCAUCUAAGGGCUCGAUUCCUCUAAUCUACAAGUGGACAAAAGAGAAUGGUGAGGCAUUGCCAUCCACAGCAUCCCAGAAUCCUCAGACUGGAGAACUGCUGAUCUAUAACCAUUCACAGAGCUACACAGGCAACUAUGUGUGUGUGGUUAGCAAUGAUGUAGGAAUGGAGCAGUGCAAAUACACAUUGAAAGCAUAUAAUCCAACCAGUCGGGCAGGAGUAAUUGCAGGGGCUGUGAUAGGUGCAUUGCUGCUUUUGCUCCUCCUCCUUUUGUUAAUCUGGCUUCUAGUAUGCUGCUACCAGAAGCGUCGCUAUGAAAAGGAAACUGCAAAUGAGAUCAAAGAGGAUGCAGCAGCACCAGAGUGUCAACCUGGAAGCAGGUACUCAAGUUUCCGCUCCAUAAUGGGUUACCACCCCCAUCAGGGAAUCACCUACAGCUCAGUUAGAAACAGUAGUCCAAAAAGGGCUGAUUCAUACUACAGAAACAUCACUGCCAACCAAGUACCUUCACAAGACCCACUAAGAUACAACAGCAGAUAUGGUUAUCCUGUAUAAACACAGACAUUUUGCUAAGAACAGACCAAUAUACAGAACAUUAAAUAUUAAAUUACUGAUUAAAUACUGCUUUGACUUUGUGGAUUUCCAUGUGAUUGCUGUGUAUUUUUACUGUCUUUUUGAAGUGAUGUUUGACCAUGAUGUAUUUUCUGUCAUAUAUUAUAAAUGCAAAAAUAGUAAAGCAUAAUGCUUUUAAUUGUCUUACAAAAAAAUCAUUGAUAAUGAAAUUAAUCUGAAAAGCAUUAUAGGUGAAGUAAUGCAAUCAUGGAAUAUAAUUUUCCUUUGAUAUAUUUAAAUGGUAAAGCCUUGUAGACAGCAUUUUCAGAGUCAACAUUGUUCCAAUGUUUUAAGCACUGUUGGCUUAAAACUGUUGAGUAUUUGUAAAAUCAAAAGCUGGUUUGUGUUAUAUGUGAGACCAAAUACGGGGCUCAGAUCUGGACUCUGUCCAGGCAAAAACUUGAAUCUUGUACAAGCUUUACAUUUUUGCCACAGCAUAUAAGACAAUAUAUGUUUUAACUAUGAAAUUUAAUUGUUUUUUCUAAAAGUUAAAGUUUAGCUUGAAUUAUGUAUGAUUCUAUAGAAAUUCGAUUCAAUUAAAUUUAUUUGUAUAGCACUUUUAACAAUUCACAUUGUCCCAAAGCAGCUUUACAGAAGUAUAGAAACAAAUAUAUAUAUAUAAAUAAAUUUAAAGUUUAAAAUUAAAAUACUAUAUAUCUCUAACGUCUAUCCUUAUUCCUAAUGGGCAAGCCAGAGGUGAUGGUGAGAGAGAAAGUUAAAAAAAAAUGUUAGGUAUGAUUGUAAUCAUGUGAUGGACAAUGUACAUUAAUGCAGACAGGGACUCCUGUGACAGAGACUAGCUAUGACAGCAUAAAUAAAAGGGAGAGCCAGAAGGUGA